GUUCAUCACCACUGGAACAUGCGAGAUAAGAAGAAAGGGCGAGAAUUACUGCAGGCAUCAGUCUGUCUGUUGUUGCAUCUCUUUUUUUGAAAAGCAAAAGGAUUGAGUCGCAGUGGUCUUGUUCAUUAUCUUUUUCUUUCUCGCUUUCUGUCUUAAUUUGACACACUUUGAAAGAUCAUGAAAGAAAUAAAACUCACUUUUAUGAUUUAUAAAUGGUCCAAGGGAAAGGUCAAGGACAAGGCUAACAACGCUGUCAUCCUUGACAAGGCCACCUACGACAAGCUCAUGAAGGAGGUUCCCACCUACAAGUUGGUUUCACCCUCUGUCUUGGUUGAUCGUCUCCGCAUUAACGGCUCUCUCGCCCGCAUGGCCAUCCGCGAGUUGGUCAAGCAGGGCUUGAUCGUCCCAGUCUCAACCCACGGCGCCCAGUUGAUCUACACCCGUGCUACCGGUGCUGGUGGCGAUGAGGAGAAGAAGUCUGCCAAGAAGGCUGCUGCUGCUGAUGAUGAAGAGUAAACAAAAAAAAAAAAAAAA